CGGCAGCACAUGUUGCCGGCCCGGCUAUAAAGGCGGCCCGGCCUCGCUGCAGCCCGUCCUUCUGCCUCCACGUUUCUGCAGGGACGCCGCCAGCUCCAGUGCCGCCGCCAUGGCCAUCGACGCGCUCCUGGGUAAAUGGUGCCUCGUCUCCAGCGAGGGCUUCGAGGAGUACAUGAAGGAGCUGGGUGUGGGUAUGGCCAUGAGAAAAAUGGGAAGCAUGGCCAAACCAGAUGUUUACAUUAUUAAGGAUGGAGACACAAUCACCAUAAAAACAGAGAGCACCUUCAAAACUUCACAGUUCAGCUUCAAGCUUGGUGAGAAAUUUGAGGAAAAUACAUUAGAUGGCAGGAAAACUCAGACCCUUGUCAGCUUAAAAGAUGAUGGGUCAUUGAUUCAAGAGCAGGAAUGGGAUGGCAAGAAGACCACAAUAACAAGGAAGCUGGUGGAUGGACAGUUGGUGGUGGAAUGUGACAUGAAUGGUGUCAAGUGUGUUAGAGUCUACCAGAAAGCAUGAGGACAUCUUCAGGUUCAGUAGGAACUUGCUGCAAACAACUCAGUUCAGUGGACAGAGCUCCUUUUCACUCCAUAUUUUCCUUUUCCCUGUUUUCUAGUAUUUCAAUGGACUGAGUAGCUGAGUGCAAUUCUUUUUAAAGGCCGUGAUGUAACUAUUAUGUAACUAUUCUGAACUUAGGCUAUUAAAUAAAAUUAUUGAAUAUAUGAAGUGAAAUGUUGUUACUAUAGUGGAAUUUUAAGUGAGGUUUCAAAAAAAUCUGAUUUGGUUUUAGGCUCUACUACAAUCUGCCUUCAGCACAAAACAAGCCAAUAUAGCACAAACAUCCCUACUUUCUAAGAUAGUAAAAUUUGAAAUUGGAUCAAUCCCAGAGCCCAGACUUUGAAUAUUUUUUCUACCUUCCAUGUUACAAAGUAAAUAGAAUUGGAUAAGUAUAAAUAUGAGAAGCUAAAUUGGUGUUUAAUUAGAGGUCAGUUUUUUUUUUUGUUUUGUUUCAAACCCACAAUUUUCUUAAUCACAGUAUAUAUAUAUAUAUAUAUAUACACACCAGCAAGCCAAUGAACAUGAUAAAUCUAAGCAAGCACAUGCACACUUUCUUGAAAGAAAGCCUUAUUUUAAGAAUACUUUUCCUAGCAAGACUCUUAUUUCAUGUCUAGUAACAUUCUAAAAAUUCUUAACCAAAAUCUGCUGAAAUACUGCCUAAAACCUAAAGCCUCAUUUUUUUUAUUUUUUUUUAAACUUGUUUGAAACACCUAGUUUAUAUGCU